CGCCAGCCUUUUUUUCCCAUCGGAUCGAUACCCUCGAAGGCGGAGGAGGAGGCGAAGGCAAUGCUUACGCGUACCGGCCAUGCGCUUCUUCUGGGGCUUCUUCAUGGGAUUCUCUUCCUCUGCGAUCGCUCCGUAGCUUCGAUCCACGAGUACCACAACGGCGCUUUCACGCCUCGGUCCAACUCCUUCUUCUUCCAUGGCGGCAGCGAGGGCCUCUACGCCUCCGCGGUGCUCAACCUCACCGCGCCGGCGUACGAAGGCAAUUCCUCCAUCCAGUUUGAUCCUAUCACAUUCAAACGGACAAAGGAGUCGGCAUCCAAGCACGGUAAUAUGCAACAAAAUACUGGAUUAGUUGAAGCUAUAAUAGUUGAAAUUCAACAGAGGGAUAAGAUUGGUGGCCGAUACUUAAACACUGAUGAUAUAUGUUGCACACGUGAGUUGCACGAUCAGAAUCAUUGCAAAGUAGGAGAAGUUAUCAUUCGCCCAAGUGAGGAUAACUCAGUUAAACCAAUACGCAUACAGACCUUUUUUGAAGGCGAUCUUGAAGAGGCAUCCAUGUCGACUGAAGCUAUUCCAAUUAAAAAAACUGGAAUGUACUAUCUUUAUUUCAUGUUUUGUGAUCCACAACUUCAGGGUACUGUAAUUAACGGUAGAACUGUUUGGAGGAAUCCACAUGGUUAUCUUCCUGGGAAAAUGGCACCUUUAAUGACAUUCUAUGGAUUCAUGUCAUUGGCAUAUCUUUUGCUCGGUCUCUUUUGGUUUCUCCAAUUUGUGCGGCACUGGAAGCAUACUCUGCAACUUCACUAUCAUAUCACAGCUGUUAUUGCUUUAGGCAUGUGUGAAAUGGCUUUUUGGUAUUAUGAGUAUGGAAACUUGAAUUCUACCGGAACUAGACCCUUGGGUAUAACCAUUUGGGCAGUCACUUUCACAGCCAUCAAAAAGACUGUUUCUCGACUUCUCCUUCUUGUUGUUUCAAUGGGAUAUGGUGUUGUCCGGCCAACAUUGGGUGGCAUAACAACAAAAGUUGCUCUUCUCGGGAUUGUAUAUUUCAUUGCCUCAGAAGCCCUGGAACUCGUUGAGCAUUUGGGAAACAUCAACGACUUUGCUGGAAAAGCAAGACUGUUUCUGGUGCUACCUGUUGCUCUUUUAGAUGCUACCUUCAUUGUCUGGAUAUUUUCAUCCUUAUCAAAAACUCUAGAAAAGCUUCAGCUCAGGAGAAACACAGCAAAGCUGGAACUAUAUCGCAGGUUUACUAAUAGUCUUGCUCUUACUGUUCUUUUAUCAGUUGUCUGGAUUGGAUAUGAGCUUUAUUUCAAUGCAACCGAUCCAUUGAGUGAACUUUGGCAAAGGGCUUGGAUUAUCUCUGCAUUUUGGAGUGUCCUCUCUUAUUUACUGCUCAUAGUUAUCUGCAUCCUGUGGGCUCCAUCUCAAAAUCCGACAAGAUAUGCAUAUUCGGAGGAUACAAAUGAUGACUUUGAAGAUGAUGGUCCUCUUUCUGGAAGUGGCGCAAGAGGGAUUGGCGAUACUGUCACCAAACUGGAGAGAAAGGAAAGGAAGAACAUUGAUCAUGUAUUUGGGUUGGCAGUUGACCGUGAGGAGGAUAAAAGAGAGUAGCAGAUGGUCACCCCUUCACCGGGUUUCAAAUUAAUUUGCUUUUCCUUAUUCUGGACAUAUUGUUCUUUGUUCACUGAGCACCUCUCUGGAGCGUCCGUUGGUAUAGGUGACAAUGUUGCUCGAUGUUCAUUGUCUGAACUAGGCCAGGAUUCUUAUGUUAAUCCUGUAUGAAGUUUGUAGUUCUUGUGGAAUGAUCUGUUGAAACUUCAAAAUCUGGUUAAUGUUGUACAAAUGGCUGUGGAAUCUGUGGUUCAAUACUCAAAUCAAUAUAAUUGUCUGAUCCUUUGUCCA